CAGACCAGACGAAAAAAAAAAAAGUUUAAAAAAAAAAAUACCCUACUUCAAAAUCACCUCUACCCUUAACUCCUCUCUCUCCCGGAGGUCCCCCCUCCUCCGGCCCGCCACCGCCGCCCCCCGAGCUCAUCAGAAAAUGAAGAGGGCGGCGGUUUACACCCUCCUCGUCGCCGUCUUCGUACUCCUCCUCCUCCUCCUCUCUCGAACCAUUCCCCCCCGCCCCCAUCUCCGGCUCGGUCGCCGCUUCGGCUCGUACAAGCACGCGGCCUUCGACCCUCUGGUCUCCGAGAUGGAAGCCUCAAUCAAUAUGACGUCGGAAAACCUAAUUAGUCCGCCGGCUGUCGCGACAGCGGUCAAUUUCGACGAGAACGGACGGCUGAACAUAACCUUCAGGCUGAUGGUUCUGUUUCCUCUGAUCGACAAGGAUCCGAGAGAUGGGGCGGUGAGUUGCAAAGAGCUGGAGGCGUGGAAUGUGCAGCAAGCCAUGGAUCGAUUGAACUACAUGACACAGAAGGAGUUGGCGUCACUCGAUAAGGACGGGGACGAGAAGAUUUCUCUCAGAGAGUGUCUCCAUAAAUUUUCUGAUGAAGAUAUCGAGAAAGAUAACAUGGGGCAUGGUGAGCCUGGAUGGUGGAAGGAGCAAUUCAAUAAUGCAGAUGCUAACCAAGAUGGAUUUCUAAGCUUUGAUGAGCUUCAAGACUUCUUACAUCCUGAAGAUAGUAAGAAUGAGAAAAUUCAAGAAUGGUUGUUGAGAGAGAAAAUAAAGCGAAUGGACUACGAUGAUGACGGGAAACUCAACUUCGUCGAGUUUAACAAAGGGCCUUACAACAUCUACAAAAGUUAUGCCGAAUUCGAAGGUGUGGGGACUGUUGUGCCUUCCCCGGAAGAGAAAUUCGCAGAGCUUGAUGUGAACAAGGACAAAUUCUUGAUAGAAGAAGAAUUGAAACCCAUACUCAAGUACCUUCACCCUGGCGAAUUGUCAUAUGCUAAAUAUUACACAAAUUAUCUAGUUCAUGAGGCUGAUGAUAAUGGAGAUAAGAGCUUAUCACUUGAAGAGAUGCUCAAUCAUGAGUACAUUUUCUACAGUGUUGUGUUUGACGAUUCAGCACACGACGAUGACUACUACAUCCACGAUGAAUUUUGAUGCUCGAUUGGUUUCCUUUGGCAUAGCAUUGCAUUUCACGGAUCGGAUUUUUCAAUCCAUGGAUGCCAAGCCAGAAAUAGACAAAAAAGAGAAUCAGAAAAGAAAAAAAGAGACCUGAGAAAAAGGAGAGGUAUGGAAUGGGGGGAGAGGGAGGGGGAGGGGGAGGGAACAAAAGUUGACAUUGAGAUUUUCCACGACUUUGGGGAAUUAAGGGUUUUGGUUUUGCAUUGAAAAUUUUAGUUUCCAAGGCAAAACCCACAAUUUUUUGACUGUUGUGGAACUUCAGUAUGUUUACUAUGAAUUGAAAAUGCAGUUCAUAAGUGAAAAAGAGCCUACUAUGAUUAGAAUCAUAGUUUUGCAUUCUAUAUGAAGCUUAAUGGAAAGAAAAUUUAGAGAUU